AAUUUUGAGCAAAUGAACAACAAUUUUAACGGCAUUUCUGCUGAUGUCCAGGUACCUAUCCAUUUAAGGUAAAAAUAUAAUAAAAUGCCCUAAAACUAAUUCUAGCUUAAAUUUGUCAAUAUUUUUAUAUAUUAUUAAGAUUUUUUUCCUCCAAAUUUUGUAAAUGAAAUUCUGUUUAUCUGUGCAUACUUGAUGGCAUCUACUUCAAUAUUGAUCAGGUAAUUAUGGGUAGAAUUCUGAUGCUAAUUUAAAAAUGUAGUUUUCUCUUUCUCCAAAAAAAAAAGUGAUGGCCCUCUGAGUAGUGAUUGUGCUGAAAUGUAGUCAGGAACUAACCAAAUUUGUCUAAAAUAGACUAUAAUCUGUCUUCUCAUCAAACCAAUGUUUUUCUAAGAGCAGUUUCACUUUGCAUUUUAGGAAAGACAUUGUAACUCCUCAAAUUAAAAGUUAUGUAAUUAAUUAUUAGUCCCAGUAGAGCGAGGGAGCUGAGUGGUUGUGUGGUUGCAUGGUUGUUGCGCCUCAGAGAGUGCUUGCAGCAUGGCUGAUGAACUGACUGAAGAGCAGAUUGCAGAAUUCAGAGAAGCUUUUUCACUGUUUGACAAGGAUGGUGAUGGAACUAUAACAACAAAGAAAUUGGGAACUAUAAUGAGGUCUCUUGGGCAGAAUCCCACACAAGCAGAGUUACAGGACAUGAUGAAUGAAGUAGAUGCUGAUGGUAACAGCACAGUUGACUUCCCUGCAUUGCUGACAAUGAUGGCUAGAAAAAUGAAAGACACAGACAGUGAAGAAGAAAUGAGAGAAGCAUUCCGUGUAUUUGAUAAGGAUGGCAAUGGCUGUAUUCAUGCUGCAGAGCUUCACCAUGUGAUGACAAACCUUGGAGAGAAGUUAACAGAUGAAGAGGUUGAUGAAAUGAUCAGGGAAGCAGAUAUUGACGGUGAUGGUCAAGUAAACUGUGAAGAGUUUGUACAAAUGAUGACGGCAAAGUGAAGACAUUGUACAGAAUGUGUUAAAUUUCUUGUACCAAAUUGUUUAUUUGCCUUUUCUUUGUAACUUAUCUGUAAAAGGUUUCUCCUUACUGUGAAAAAAAUAUGUAUGUAUAGUAAUUAGGACUUCAUUCCUCCAUGUUUUCUUUGCUUAUCUUACUGUCAUUGUCCUGAAACCUUAUUUUAGAAAAUUGAUCAAGUAACAUGUUGCAUGUGGCUUAUUCUGGAUAUAUCUAAGCCCUUCUGCACAUCUAAACUUAGAUUGAGGUGGUCAAAUGAGGGUAUACCUGGGUUAUGCCUUUUUUUUUUUUUUUUGGAUGAGGAAGGCUAGCCCUGAGCUAACAUCUGCUGCCAAUCUUCCUCUUUUUUCUGAGAGGAUUGGCCCUGGGCUAACAUCCGUGCUCAUCUUCCUCUGCUUUAUAUGGGACGCCACAGCAUGGCUUGACAAAUGGUGUGUCAGUCCGAGCCUGGGAUCCGAAACUGCAAACCCUGGGCUGCUGAAGUGGAGUGCCUGAACUUAACCACUACACCACCGGGCCAGCCCCUUAUGCCUUUUUUUUUAAGUAGUUUUAUUUAGAAACUGUCAGCAUGUUGUUGAAGUGUGGAGUUGUAACUCUGUGUGGACCGUGGACAGUCAACAGUAUGUACUUAAAAGUUGCAGUAUUGCUAAACAGGUGUAUUAUUAGGUACUCGUACACUACUUUUUUGUACUGGUGGUCCUAUACCAGAAACAUUUUCUUUUACUGUUACUUGCUUUUUAAACUUUGUUUAGCCACUUAAAGAAAAUCUGCUCAUGGCACAAUUUUCCUCAAAUCCAUUCCAAGUUGUAUAUUUGUUUCCCAAUUAAAAAAAUUACAAUUUUACCCCCAAAAAUAAAAUAAAAGUUAUGCAGUGAAAUCUUUCUGGAAUAGUUCAUGACCAAAAAGGGGGUGGGGAGUGUGAUGCAUUUAGGAUUUAUAUAUUUAACCACUUAUUUGUCUGUGAAGAAAUCUUCCUGACUAAAGUUGGCUUCAAGAUAAAUUUUAAUUUCUCUAUUAGUCUGUCUGAUAGUCCUACCAUGUAUCCCUUUUUGUUAGAAACUAUUAAAUGUUUUAUGUCAGUAAUUAGAAUGUAUUGCUACUUUUUCCUUUCAUUUUUGUGGAAGGGAUAUGAGAGUGUUUAAUUUCUCAGGGAGUACUAAACCUGCACAGGUUGAGAAUCUGAAAAUUAAAAUACUCAUUAAAAAUA